AUGUCGUUUGGUACACUUCGUCAACUUCUCCUGCUCGGUUGCCUGGCUCUGCCGUCGCUGGCGGCCGCUAACCUCCCAACCGCUGAUUUUGAUUACAUCGUCGUCGGGGCGGGAAAUGCGGGAAAUGUCGUCGCCGCACGACUAACAGAGGAUCCUAACGUAGAUGAGAACGUAUUGGGGGCAGAGGCUCCGCUUCUCGCGCCCGGGCUCGUUCCUAACUCUAUCUUCGACUGGAAUUACACGACGACAGCCCAGGCUGGGUACAAUGGACGAUCAAUUGCGUAUCCUCGUGGCCGUAUGCUAGGAGGAUCUAGCUCCGUUCACUACAUGGUCAUGAUGCGCGGAUCGAUAGAGGACUUUGAUCGCUAUGCGGCUGUCACUGGCGAUGAAGGAUGGAACUGGGACAAUAUGCAGCAGUUCGUCAGGAAGAAUGAAAUGGUCGUGCCUCCCGCCGACAACCAUAAUACCUCUGGCGAAUUUAUCCCAGCUGUACACGGUACUAACGGCUCGGUUUCUAUCAGCUUACCGGGUUUCCCGACUCCUCUCGACGACCGUGUCUUGGCCACUACUCAAGAACAAAGCGAGGAGUUCUUCUUCAACCCCGACAUGGGAACAGGUCAUCCUCUUGGAAUCAGUUGGUCCAUCGCAACAGUUGGCAACGGCCAACGUAGCAGCUCUUCGACUGCGUACCUACGGCCCGCCCAGUCACGGCCCAAUCUCAGCGUGUUGAUUAAUGCCCAAGUAACUAAGCUCGUCAACAGCGGUACUACAAAUGGCCUACCUGCGUUCCGAUGUGUGGAGUACGCAGAGCAAGAAGGAGCACCAACAACGACCGUUUGCGCUAAGAAAGAAGUCGUUCUUUCGGCGGGAUCCGUUGGCACCCCCAUUCUCCUGCAACUAUCAGGCAUCGGCGACGAGAAUGACCUAUCAUCCGUUGGUAUCGAUACCAUCGUUAACAACCCUAGCGUAGGUCGAAACCUGUCCGACCAUUUGCUCCUUCCCGCUACCUUCUUCGUCAACAGCAACCAGACAUUCGAUAACAUCUUCAGAGACUCGUCCGAGUUCAACGCUGAUUUAGAUCAGUGGACAAACUCCAGGACCGGCCCUCUCACCGCGCUCAUUGCUAACCACUUGGCCUGGCUGAGGUUGCCAUCGAAUUCAAGCAUCUUCCAAACCUUCCCAGACCCAGCUGCGGGCCCCAACUCUGCUCAUUGGGAGACCAUCUUUUCCAACCAAUGGUUCCAUCCUGCCAUCCCUCGCCCUGACACUGGCAGCUUUAUGAGCGUAACAAACGCGUUGAUUUCUCCUGUAGCUCGUGGGGACAUCAAGCUUGCUACAUCCAACCCAUUCGACAAGCCGCUUAUCAAUCCACAGUAUCUCUCCACGGAAUUCGACAUCUUCACCAUGAUCCAAGCCGUCAAAUCCAACCUUCGUUUCCUCUCUGGUCAAGCAUGGGCGGACUUCGUUAUUCGCCCAUUUGACCCUCGUUUGAGAGACCCGACGAACGAUGCUGCUAUCGAGUCGUACAUUCGAGACAACGCCAACACGAUUUUCCACCCAGUUGGAACGGCCAGCAUGUCCCCACGCGGAGCUUCUUGGGGCGUCGUAGAUCCCGAUCUCAAAGUCAAAGGUGUGGAUGGCCUCAGAAUCGUCGAUGGGUCUAUUUUGCCCUUCGCGCCAAACGCACAUACCCAAGGGCCGAUAUACCUUGUAGGCGAACGAGGAGCUGACCUUAUUAAGGCUGAUCAGUAG